AUGGCUCACAACACUUCUGACGACCUUUGCGCAUUGAAGAACUUCGCGGGCAAGACCGUCAUCAUAACAGGUGGCGCAAACGGUAUAGGAGCCGAAACUGUACGACUUUUUAACUCACAUGGAGCCAAUACAGUCAUCGCCGAUCUUGAAUGCACUCGUGAUGAGGCUGAAUCGGUUAUUCGAUCCUUGCAGCAUCCCUCCUCUGCCCUUUUCAUCAGUGUCAACAUUCUCCUCUGGGAUGAAAUGAAAGCCCUUUUCUCCCAAUCCAUACGAUACUUCGGUACGAUCGAUAUUGUUGUAGCCAAUGCCGGCAUAAUGGAGAGUCAAAGUCUUUUCGAUGUUGAAAACGUCGACGAGCAGGGAGAAUUACAUGAAUCGACGGAGGGGUUUCGUGUGAUCGAUGUUAACCUCAAAGGAACCAUUAACACGUUGCGGCUCGCACUCCAUCACAUGCGGCACAAUCAACCUAUGUCACCUAGAGGUCAAAGAGGAUCUGUUGUUCUCGUUACUUCAACAUCGGGAUACUUUGGAACUACUGGAGUCGGUGCGUACAUCACAUCAAAACAUGGACUCACGGGUCUACUUCGAGCGUCGCAGCAAGUUGCUCGAGGCCUUGGUAUCGGAGUCAAUGCUGUUGCUCCGUUCUUCACGCCAACGCCUACGUUCAAAGAGUUGGCCGAGAAGUGGAAAGACUCGGGCCUCAAGUCGAAUGCGCUAGGAGAUGUCGCUCAGGCUAUCGCCCUUGCUUCUACGCAGGAUGAGACUGGAAAAUGCUACAUGGUCGUUGGGGGGAAUUCGGUAGAAGUGGAAGAUGGUAGAAUCGCAUUACUUGAUCGAUGGCUUGGACGCGAAAUUACAGAGCUGUUGCAAUCUGCUAGCAGACUCUUCGAAGCCAACGGCUAUCCCUUGCCCAAGGGGCAUUAA